AUGUCUGCAACUGCAGCGAGUCAGUAUGUGGAUCAGUUCAGCUGUCCAGUGUGUUUGGAUCCUCUGAAGGAGCCGGUGACGAUUCCCUGUGGACACAGUUACUGUAUGAGCUGUAUUACUGACUGCUGGUGCCAGAAGGAGCAGGGGCCGCCGUACCGCUGUCCCCAAUGCAGAGAGAGCUUCAGUCAGAGACCUCUACUGAAGAAGAACACUCUGAUAGCUGAGAUGAUGGAGACGCUGCAGAAGACGACGUCUCUACAAACGGCUGCUGUGGAGUGUGAUGUUUGCACUACAGAGAAGAACAGAGCUGUAAAGUCCUGUCUGCAGUGCUUGGCCUCCUUCUGUCAAACUCACCUGCAGUCUCACUAUCAAUCUCCUGCGUUUAUGAAGCACAAACUAGUCGAAGCUUCCAGACACAUUCAGGAGAACAUCUGUCUCAGUCAUGGGAAACUACUGGAGAUUUACUGCCGGGAUGAUCGUCAGUGUAUCUGUUGUUUGUGUACAGAUAAUCAUAUAGGACACAGUGUGGUGUCUGUGGAUUCAGAAUGGACAAGUAAAAAGAAAGAGUUAACAGAGAUAAAGGUGUCGUGUCAGAAGCUGAUCCAGAAGCGAGAGAGAGGUCAGCGGGAACUCAGUGAAGCUGUGAAGUCUUUUAAAAGUUCAGCGCUAGAGAGCAUGGAGGACAUUGAGAAGGUCUUCACUGAGCUCAUCUGCUCUCUGGAGAAGAAACGCUCUGAGAUUAAAGAGCAGAUCAGAGCUCAGGAGAAGACUGAGAUAGAUCGAGCAGAGGAACUUCACAAACAUCUGGAUCAAGAGCUGACAGAACUCAGAAAAACACAAGCAGAGAUUGACAAACUUCUGAUUAAUGAUGAUCAGGUCCAGUGUCUGAAGAGCUGUCAGUCUGUGUGUGUUUUACCCAAAUUCAAAGACGUUCCCAGCUUCACUCAACACACUCAUCUGUCUUUUAAAGACAUUUCUAUCUCAGCAUUUAAGGAGGUUUUGGAGGACGUCUGUCAACAACAAACAGCCAGAAUAUCCAGAGAAGUGUCAAAUGUUCAUGUUGCACAGACUCCAGAACCAAAGACUCCAAACACAUUUGGACAAUAUUUCUGUCAAUUACAACUGGAUCCAAACACAGCACACAAAAAAAUCAUCUUGUCAGAAGAGAACAGAAAAGCAUCACAUUCAGUUGAAGAGCAGCAGUAUCCUGAUCACCCAGAGCGAUUUGAUUGGUAUAUUUAUGUCUUGUGUCGAGAGGGUUUGUGCGGUCGCUGUUACUGGGAGGUCGAGUGCAGUGGGAACAUUUGGGCCGUAGCAGUUUGUUACAGAGGAAUUGGACGUAAAGGAAAGAGUGAAGACUGCAGACUGGGGUUUAAUAGCAAGUCCUGGAGACUGACCCACUGUGACCAGAAUUUUUAUGUAAUACAUCAUGAUAUGCAAGUCCCAAUCCCCGCUGUCUGCUCCUCUAGAAUAGGAGUGUAUCUGGAUCACAGAGCAGGAACUCUCUCCUUCUACAGCGUCUCUGACACAAUGACUCUCCUUCACAGAGUCCAGACCACUUUCACCGAACCCUUAUACCCUGCGUUUUAUUCUGGAGCAGGUUCUUCUGUCAGGAUAAUAGAGCAGAAUUAAAAAAUGUAAUUAAACAAUGCAUUAAAAUCUACAUGACUGUAUUUGAUUGGAAAAAAAAAAAAACAGAACACUUAAAGCCCUUAUGUAUAAUGGAUUCUGAAGGUAUUCAUAAUUAAUGUUAUAAUGCAUUUUCAUAAAUAAUUGUAACCAAAAUUAGAAUGCAUUAUAAUACUUGCAGAUUCUGAAAUUGGUUGUUUGCUGUUUCAAUGUAUUAUACUUUCUAGGUGUAAUGUGUGUUUAAUAAAUAGAUAAGUAUUAUAAUAUAUAAAAACUGUAGUUACAAUUGUUAAUGAAAUUAUACUAUGCAUUACAAUGCAUAAUUACUUUAUUAAAAAAUACUUUUAUAAUGCAUUAUACAUUUAAGACUAGAGAAAAUGGAAAAAUUGGAAGAGAGGGCUACUCUGAGAAAACAAAGAAAAUUAACAUUUGAACUCUUUCUAUAUUACCAUCCCCAUUCCAGACACGAUCACACUUGAGUUGAUCAUCUCCCAAUUUACUUCUCCCACCCAUACCUGAAUUCACCCCAAGAUAUAUAUGGUUUAAUAUAAACAAUUAUCAUACAGUAUUAUACAUUUUUGGUAUCAUUUGAAAAUGUCUCAGGGUGACUGGUACAAAGGUCUUCUUCCCGAAGAAGUAAACCAAAAAGGUGAUGUGUGGAGAGUCUAAAGAUGUGGUUUUGACCCCAUGUAAACCAACUUCUGUCCCCAGUGAGCCUGGGACGGUGAUUAAUAUGAAUUCCCGCUGUGAACUCAUGUUUACAUUUGAAAAGAGGUUUCUGUCUUGGUCUGAGUAUUUAGGGAGAUGCUGAAGAGGGUUCAGGGCGUGAUUUGUGAUGAGAUCGGCCCAAAAUGAUGAGAGUCUUCCAGACACUUAGCGUUAUGUCUCUGUUUCUUGAGUCAGGGGAUUUCUACAGUCAUCUUUUACUCUUUAUCUCUGAGCAUUUGAUGUUAUUGUAUUGAUUAUGUUUGAACUGAUUAUGAUAUUGGCAUGAUACAUUUACCUGAGGUAAAUUGUGACAUUUGAAUUUGUUCUGAAUUACUCAGAAAUUAUUUACUUUAGUAGAUAACGUUGUAUUCAUUGUUAAAAACACAUAGCACCUUUAAGCGUACUUGCAA